CUAGAUUCCGGUCGGCCCAACGAGAGGGCGUGGUGAGGCGGAGGUAGCGGCAGCAGGGCCUGGCCGGCGCUGAAGGAGACUCGAGGACACGGGCGGGCGUUGGGCGUUGCGGCCUCUUUCCCGCUCCAUGCGCAAGAUGCUGGUGGCCGCGCUCUCCCGCGUGCUGCAGGGCCCGGCCGCCGCCCGGACGGGAGCUGUUAGUGAGGUAGCCCGGGUGGUGGUGGCAUCUCGUACCUAUGCAGACUUUGCAAGCGAGGCAACAUUUGAAAUUAAGAAAUGUGAUCUCCAUCGCCUGGAAGAGGGACCUCCUGCCACGGCAGUGCUGACUCGGGAAGAGGGGCUUCAUUACUACAAGACUAUGCAGACCAUUCGCCGCAUGGAGUUGAAGGCAGAUCAGCUAUAUAAGCAGAAGAUUAUUCGUGGCUUCUGCCAUUUAUAUGAUGGUCAGGAAGCUUGCUGUGUAGGACUUGAGGCUGCCAUAAAACCCACAGAUCACUUGAUAACAGCUUACCGAGCCCAUGGCUACACCUUCACACGUGGAACUUCGGUCCGAGAGAUCCUUGCUGAGCUUACAGGUCGAAAAGGUGGCUGUGCUAAGGGAAAAGGAGGAUCGAUGCACAUGUAUGCCAAGAACUUCUAUGGUGGGAAUGGCAUUGUUGGUGCUCAGGUUCCUCUUGGGGCUGGCAUUGCCUUGGCCUGUAAGUACUUUGGCAAGGAUGAAAUCUGCUUAACUUUAUAUGGGGAUGGUGCUGCCAAUCAGGGUCAGGUAUUUGAAACGUACAAUAUGGCAGCCUUGUGGAAGUUACCAUGUAUUUUCAUCUGUGAGAACAACAGGUAUGGAAUGGGAACAUCAGUAGAGAGAGCUGCAGCCAGCACUGACUACUACAAGAGAGGAGACUACAUUCCAGGGCUCAGAAUUGAUGGCAUGGAUCUUCUCUGUGUGCGAGAGGCAACAAAGUUUGCAGCUGAGCACUGCAGAUCUGGAAAAGGACCUAUUCUGAUGGAGUUGCAGACAUAUCGUUAUCAUGGACACAGCAUGAGUGACCCUGGAGUCAGCUACCGAACAAGAGAAGAAAUUCAAGAAGUGAGAAGCAAAAGUGACCCUAUUACUCUGCUGAAGGACAGAAUGGUUAACAAUAACCUUGCUAGUGUUGAGGAAUUAAAGGAAAUCGAUGUAGAAGUAAGGAAAGAGAUUGAGGAAGCUGCUCAGUUUGCUACCACUGAUCCAGAACCACCUUUGGAAGAACUAAGCAAUCACAUCUACUGUAAUGACCCACCUUUUGAGGUGCGUGGCCCUAAUCAGUGGAUCAGGUACAAAUCUGCCUGCUAAAAUGAACAUAAGUUACCCCAGGAGCUUGUUACAUAUGGCUUUUUUAUUGGGAUUAAUUUUGUAUUCAGUCUAAGAACUGUAAACUGCUCAUCUUUAAAGUUUCAGUUUAUUUAAAGAGCAUAAAGUUUAUUUUCACAGAGGGGGCUGUGUUGCUUUGGAUCGUGUAAAGAUAAUGGAUCUUACUUCAGAAGGAGCUGAAUUAAGUUUAUAGCAAUUUAAAUAACUGUUGCUUUACCCUGUUUCUGUGGUUUUUUUGGAUUGCUGUAUUUAUGAGUUAUACAAACUAAGUGUCUGAAAUAAAAUCAUGGUAUGUACAGUACACAGAUAUUAGCUGUUACACUAAAA